AUGGGACUUAAGUUGAACGGCAGAUAUAUUUCUCUGAUCCUUGCUGUACAGAUAGCGUACCUGGUGCAGGCGGUGAGAGCAGCGGGGAAGUGCGAUGCGGUCUUUAGGGGCUUCUCGGACUGUUUGCUCAGGCUGGGCGAUAACAUGGCCAACUACCCGCAGGACCUGGACGACAAGAGAAAUCUCCAAACGAUCUGCUCGUACUGGGAUGAUUUCCACUCCUGCACCCUCACAGCCCUCACGGAUUGCCAGGAAGGCGCGACAGAUCUUUGGGAAAAACUGAAAAGGGAAUCCAAAAACCUCGAUUUUCAAGGCAGCUUAUUUGAACUAUGCGGAGGAAGCAACGGGUCAGCUCCUUCCCUACUCCUCCCUGCCUUCCCCCUGCUCCUGCUGGCUCUCUCUGCAGCGUUAGUGACCUGGUUCUCCUUCUAGGAGGUCUCUUCUGGUAGAACACACAUACCCACCCACACACACACUCUCCAUAUACUGGAUUUAUAGAGGAAGUGUCCAUCCGUUUUUUGGGGACCGUUGUGAUUAUCUGUGAUGAUGAAACAUCCAUAUAGGA